AUGGCACCUGGCCAGGGCUCGUCGGUCUUCGUGGGCAACAUCGCUUUCUCCAUCACAGAAGAGCAAUUGGUCAAAAUCUUCGAGUCCGUUGGUCCAGUCGUCAGAUUCCGUCUGAUCACGGACAAGGACAGUGGCCGGUCAAAAGGCUUCGGCUUCCUCGACUUCGCCGAUCCAGAUGCCGCAGAGAGUGCGAUCAGAAAUCUAGAUGGCUACGAGAUCGAGCGCCGAAAGCUACGAGUUGCAUGGCCUAGCGGGAACGACGAUAAGCCCUCCGUACCGGACGCUCCCACACAUCAACCACCUCCAGCCGUCCCACCAAUGCCCCAAGGCGUCGACCUCCCACCCAAUCUCAAAGCCAGCGAUGCCAUCUCACAGACACUCAACUCUCUACAACCCUCCCAACUUCUGGACGUUCUCACCCAACUGAAAGCCAUGGCCAUCUCCGACCCCAACCGCAUCACCGAGAUCCUCAAAUCCGCACCACAACUCUCCUACGCCAUUUUCCAGGCUCUGAUCCUGAUGAACCUAGUCGACCCCAAGAUCCUCGCGCAAGUCGUAGACCAGGCCUCACAGCAAGCCCCAGCGCCAGUACCACAACAAGUACCUCCGCCUCAGCAGUAUGCGGGCUAUCCACCACCACCACAGGCUAUGGCGGGCAUGCCUCCUAGGCCGCCACCUCAAGCAUAUCCACCACAGCCGCCUCCACAACAAGCAACCGCGCAACUGUCCCAGGAGCAGUUAAUACAGCAGGUUCUUGCAAUGGAUCAGAGAACGAUCGAUAGUCUGCCGCCAACAGAGAGGGCACAAAUUAUCGCUUUGCGGCAAUCAAUGGGCGUGCGGUAG